AUGGGGAUCAUUGAUAGGGUUGGCAGGCUUUCAGGGUAUCCUGGAGAAAUCAAGCAUUGGAGAUAUGACUGGUAUACUCCCCUGAAGAACGCUGAUGAUGACAACAACCCUGAAAGCUACGGUUUUCAAUACAAAUGUUGGUUGCUAGACUCGUAUGACGAAUAUAAUGAGCAUAUAGUUGAAGAUGAUCAUGACGAUAUUUUCGAUAUAGAUGUCUUUAAUCGUAUGAAGAAGACCACAGAAGUUAGUAAUUCGACGCAGGGUAACAACAAUACAAUCAAUACAGGAAAUUCUGGUUUGACGAUGGAUGACAUUAGAGGCGCUGUGGGAGGUGGAGAGGCUAUUCCAGGAUUGUCGGGUUCAGAUACUAUUGCAAAGAAGGAGAUAGAGGAGAAGUCAAAAUCAGAGCCUUCUGAAGCCCCAGAGGAUACGGAAGUUCCAGAGGAUACGGAAGUUCCAGAGGAUACGGAAAUUCCAGAGGAUACGGAGGCUCCAGAGGACACUUCAGGUGUUGUUACUGAUAGGUCUAAGGAUGGGGAGGAUAAUUCCCUUUCUACUAGAAAAAUAGAUGAUUCAAUUGAAGAGGCUAAGGAUUUCGAUGGCGAUGUUAAGAUGGAUUAG